AUGGCGGCCUUUGCAAAGAUCGCCAUGGAGUGCCUGCACGAUCCCCUCAUCUGGCUUCUUCUUGCGUCGGUGGCCUUGGUCAUCCUGCAAAGACGGCGGCUGAACCCGCCGCCGCUCCCUCCAGGCCCCAAGCCGCUGCCGAUCAUCGGCAACAUGAUGAUGGCGGACCAGUUGACCCACCGUGGCCUGGCGGCGCUGGCAAAGCAGUACGGCGGGUUGCUGCACCUCCGCCUGGGCUCGCUCCGCGUCUUCGCGGUGUCGACCCCGGAGUACGCGCGCGAGGUGCUCCAGGCGCAGGACAGCGACUUCUGGUACCGUCCAGCCUCCAUCGUCAUCCGCUACCUCACCUACGGCUGCUCCGACAUGGCGUUCGCGCACGACGGGCCCUACUGGCGCCAGAUGCGCAAGCUGUGCGUCACCAAGCUCUUCAGCCGCCGGCGCGCCGAGACCUGGCUGGCCGUGCGCGACGGGUACGGGGAGCUCGCCAGGGCCGUCGGCAGGUCCAGCGGCGAGGCCGUGAACCUCGGCGAGCUCAUCUUCAAGCACACCGUGAGCAUCAUCUUCCGGGCCGCCUUCGGCGUGCGGGACGUCCAAGGGCUAGACGAGUUCAUCCCCAUGUUCAAGGAGUUCUCCAAGUUCUUAGAAGCGUUCCACGUCGGUGACUUCUUCCCUUGGCUUAGCUGGAUGGGCCGGCGGGGCUUCGACCGCGGCCUCCGCACCGUGCGCGGCGCUCUCGGAACGUUUGUGGACAAGAUCAUUGACGAGCACGUGAGGAGGGGCAAGAACCCCGACGACGCCGACGCUGACAUGGUAGACGGCCUACUCGCGCUCCUCGCUGAUGCGAACCAAGCCAGCGGGGAGGACGACCUCCGCUUCACCCGCGACAACGUUAGGGCCAUGAUGAUGGACAUGUUGUUCGGUGGACCGGACACGGUGGGGUUCACCAUUGAGUGGGCGAUGGCAGAGAUGAUUCAUUGCCCUGACAUCCUUCUGCGGCUGCAGCAGGAGCUCGUCGACAAUGUGGGGCUUGACCGGAUUGUUGACGAAUUGGACCUUGGCAAGCUCCCCUUCCUCAAGUGUGUCAUCAAGGAGAUGCUCCAAAUGCACCCACCGAUCCCGAUUCACCUCCACGGGAACACCAAAGAUUGCGUCCUCGGUGGCUACUCAGUGCCCAGCGGCUCCCGUGUGUUCAUCAACGCGUGGGCGAUCAACCGUGACGGCGAGGCGUGGAAGAACCCUGACACGUUCCGACCAUCGAGGUUCAUGCCAGAUGAGGAAGCCACCGGGCUGGAUCUCAAGGGUGGCUGCUAUGAGUUAUUGUCGUUCGGUUCGGGUCGACGCUCGUGCCCAGCACAGGGGCUUGGUCAGCACGCCGUGGAGUUUGCCAUCGCGCAGCUUGUGCAUGGGUUCAACUGGAAGCUACCCGGUGACAUGAAACCAACGGAGCUCGACAUGAGCGACAUGAACGGUGUCACCGUGUCCCGCGCCACACGACUCUAUGCGGUUCCCACACCCCGGCUCACUUGUCCUUUGUAA